ACCAGGUCACACCCCUCUGGGCUCGCAGAGUCCAGGCCUCACCCUGCACACCUCCUUCCCCCAGGGCCAGAGAAGAGAGUCCUUCCUCUACCGCUCCGACUCGGACUAUGACAUGUCGCCCAAGACGGUCUCACGCAACUCCUCCCUCGCCAGCGAAGGGCACACGGCAGAGGACUUCAUUGUCACACCUUUUGCUCAAGUACUGGCCAGUCUGCGAUCAGUACGGAGCAACUUCACCGUCCUUGCCAACGUCUCAACGCCAACAGUCAAGAGGUCUCCUCUGGGUGGAGUGUGCGUCAGUCCCCGGGCAACGCUGUCGGACCAGCAGUACCAGCAGCUCGCCCUGGACACACUGGAGGAGCUGGACUGGUGCUUGGACCAGCUGGAGACCAUUCAGACACACCGCUCUGUCAGCGAAAUGGCCUCCAACAAGUUUAAGAGGAUGCUGAACAGAGAGCUGUCCCACCUGUCAGAGAUGAGUCGCUCUGGUAACCAGGUGUCCGAAUACAUCUCCAGCACCUUCCUGGACAAGCAGAACGAGGUGGAAAUCCCAUCGCCUACCCUGAAAGACAAAACUAUGAGUCACAUCAGUGGAGUGAGGAAACUGUCUCACAGCUCCAGCCUCUCCAGCACUUCAAUGCCUCGCUUCGGUGUCAACACAGACCACGAGGACGAGCUUGCCAAGGAGCUGGAGGAUCUGGACAAGUGGAGCUUCAACAUAUUCAGAGUAGCAGAGUUCUCCAACAACAGACCCCUCAGCUGCAUCAUGUACGCCAUCUUCCAGGAGCGAGAGCUGCUCAAGACGUUUCGUAUCCCAGUUGACACCUUUGUCACCUACGUGAUGACCCUGGAGGACCAUUACCAUGGAAACGUAGCCUACCACAACAGCCUCCAUGCUGCAGAUGUCACCCAGUCCACACACGUCCUCCUCUCCACACCCGCGCUUGAUGCCGUCUUCGCUGACCUGGAGAUCCUCGCGGCUCUGUUCGCCGCAGCUAUCCACGAUGUAGACCACCCCGGAGUUUCCAAUCAAUUCCUCAUCAACACCAACUCAGAGCUGGCCCUCAUGUACAACGAUGAGUCAGUUCUGGAAAACCAUCACCUCGCUGUGGGCUUCAAGCUUCUGCACCAGGAGAACUGCGACAUUUUCCAAAACCUCACCAAGAGACAGCGCCAGAGCCUUCGCAAGCUCGUCAUCGACAUGGUGUUGGCCACAGACAUGUCCAAACACAUGACCCUGAUGGCUGAUCUGAAGACCAUGGUGGAGACCAAGAAGGUGACGAGUUCUGGCGUGCUGCUGCUGGACCACUAUACAGAGCGAAUACAGGUACUGAGGAACAUGGUGCACUGCGCAGACCUGAGCAACCCCACCAAGCCGUUACCGUUAUACAGACAGUGGACGGAGAGGAUCAUGGAGGAGUUUUUCCGACAGGGCGACAAAGAGCGAGAGAGAGGGAUGGAGAUCAGCGCCAUGUGUGACAAACACACUGCGUCUGUGGAGAAGAGCCAGGUGGGUUUCAUCGACUACAUCGUGCACCCGCUGUGGGAGACGUGGGCUGACCUGGUGCACCCAGACGCCCAGGAGCUGCUGGACACGCUGGAGGAGAACAGGGAGUGGUACCUGAACACCAUGCCCCAGUCUCCCUCACCUCCCCCGGACAGACACCUCCAGCAUGACCGCUUCCAGUUCGAAAUCACCCUGGAGGACCUGGAGCACAACAACCACAACCACGUGCACCUGAGGGACGGCAGCGGAGGGAGCAGCGGGAGGAGAGCGAUCUGCGACGACGGCGGCGCAGACGGAACGCAGGACGACGAGGCAGAGCUGAACGGCGAGGAACAGGAUCACGUAGAAACGGAGAGGGAAGACGAAGAGAAUCACAACAGCGAACAAAACGGAGUCCGGGAUGAAGAAGAGGAGGAUGAGAGAGAAGAAGAAGAAGAGGAGGACGAGGUGCAGGAGAACGCGGUACAUGAGGAACAUGAGGUGGAGCAAGUAGAAGGAGGAGGAGGGCAGACAGAUGAAAUAGAGAGAGAGGAAGAAGUUCAUGAUGUAGUGGAAGAAGAGGAGACUAAGAAAGAGGAGGAUGAGAAUGAGCUAAAUCAGGUGGGAGAACAGGAGCAGGAGCAGGAGGUUGAUGAGGAAGUUGGAGAAAAUGAAGAGGCAAAGGGUGAUGAGGUAGAAGGUCAGGAAGACACAGAAAAGGAAGAGGUAGAACUGGAAAUGGAUGGAGAGACAGAAGGUGAGGGGGAAGAGGAAACUGAAAAUGAGGAGGCAGAAGUGGAGGACAAAGAGGAGGGAGAGAUGGAGGAGAAUGUAGAGGAGGAGACGGAGGAAAAUGCUGAACAAGAGGAGGGAGAGAUGGAGGAGAAUGUAGAGGAGGAGACGGAGGAAAAUGCUGAACAAGAGGAGGGAGAGAUGGAGGAGAAUGUAGAGGAGGAGACGGAGGAAAAUGCUGAACAAGAGGAGGGAGAGAUGGAGGAGAAUGUAGAGGAGGAAACGGAGGAAAAUGCUGAACAAGAGGGUGAGAAUGAGGAGAAAGUGGAAGAACAGGAGGCAGAAAUGGAGGAUAAAGUUGAGGAAGAAGAGGGAGAAACAGAAAAUGAAGAAGAUGAAGCGGAGAAAGGAGAGUUGGAAGAAACGGAGGAGGAGGCGGCGCCAGUUGAGGAAGAAGAGGAGGAAAGUUAGUUGGGUGCAAAAUCACAAAUUAAAAAGGGAGGAAAGGUUACCAAGAGAUAAAGAAAUGCUUAAAGAAAUCCAGAGAGACAGUUAGGACAUGACGAUAAUGUGCUCUGUUCACGUUAUCGCUUGACCCUGUCAGCUGAAGACCAUGUUUACCCAGAUACAGGCGUCUUAAACGAACUUCACAGCUCGCAGGAACACUUAAGACCGACAGUACGGCACCGGACACGAAAACAAAACCUCUCUGGAGCCUUCCCAGGAACAAACAGAUUGUUACAGCGUCUUGAUCAACUGGUAGUGAUAGAAAGACUAGAGUCUUCAUCACCAAGUACAUCCAUCACUGCCGUAGGGGAUAAACUGGGGAUAAUAAUUAAGGGGGGGGGGUGUUUUAUCGACCUUUUGUAGCGCCUCAGAAUAAAAAACAAACAAACAAAAAAAACCCCAACAACCUGAAUACAUGCAAAUACUUGCGUGCCUGUUCUCCUGAUCUCAUGGAUUAUUACCCAUUUGACUUAUUGUACAUGUCGAUGUCAGUUCAUGUUUAAAAAAAACAAAAACACCCAGUAUUCAUCCCGUCACAACAGUUUCCCCUCUCUCAGACUUUGAUUCCCAGGUGAAUUGUGCCAAACUGUCCCCAGACCAGCACUGGGCAAUUCAGCCCUCCUCCAAACUGGGUGGUGGCUACUCGUCCAUGAAGCAAUGAACUGUGGGACCAGGCUAACGGGUGUGAUGGGCUUCCACAAAUCAAUUUUUUUUUUUUUUUUGUAAAAAUGGUAUUUGGCACUUUAUCUAACACCCGUGUUACAUAUAUGUACAUAAUAAACAUGUAUUUUAAUCUGCUGAUG